GAUCAGUCAAACCACCAGUAGACAGGGUAGAGGGGCGGAAACAAACAGGAGUUUCUGUACUGCCGUGCUUUCCAACUCUACAGCUACCAUGAGGCUGACUGUGCGGGCUCUAGCGCUGGUGGUCCGGGACGGCAAACUGAACACGUACGUCAAGCAGAGCAAACUCUGGAGACCGGGAGAGGUGUGGCCGGUGGUCGCCAUGGUGACAGUGGGCUCCGCCCUGUGCGGGUUCGUCUACAGGACCAAGUGUUACGUAGGACAACAAGGGCGCCGGGCACUGACCGAAACACGUCAUCAGUCGCUUAUCAUUGCGGUCAUGAGGGAAGAGGUCUGCUUGAAACGUCACUCCGAGGCACUUAGCGACGCCCACUACCUCCAGGACGUGACCAUGAAUGCCCGCCCAUGGCCGCUACGUCACGGCACUAUUACUAAUUUCGGCGCGGCGGCUGACGUGUAUGUAGAUGUGUGUCCCACCGCACCGGCUCACAUAAAAACGUGGUCCUUCCGGAAACCCAAACAAACCACGCCGAGAAAGCAGAGGCAACCGGCCGCCAGAUAUUUCACUGUCUUACGGUGUCCUUUGACUAAAUACACGGCAGGUACCAUGCCCCUGAAACUAGCGAGAGCGGCUCCACGUCUGAUCCGGGACGGGAGACUACUCAAGUACGGCAGACCCAAAAUCUGGAAAGCCGGAGAGGUGUGGCCAGUCAUCGCCAUGGUGACCAUCGGAGGUGCCUUCCUGGGCAUGGCGAUCAGAACCAAGUCUUACGUGGGGAACCAGGGACACAGAGAACACUACAAGCACGACGAGGAAGAAUAGACAGAUCUUAUAUAUAAGUUACAUCUUGUGUAUUUCCGCAACUUGGCAGCAGUUCGUAAAGUUUUAUUGUGAUUUGACACAUAAACAUUAAGCACAGUGACUUUUGAAACUUUUAUUUCAAAUACCACAUUGCAGACAAAAGUCUGAAUUGCGUCAGUAUUUACAAUCCAUUUUGCUCGUUUUAAAGUACACCACUUUGAAAGAUGACUACUACACGGACCUUGUAUCAUGGUCCAUUGUUUGUCAAGAAUUCACUUCCGUUUUUGCGGUGAAUACUAGUAUUGUGAUUGCACCACUAAAAUGUUGAUUCUGUAUCGCACUGCCAGUAUUGUAAGGUUGCAAGGUGUAUUUGGUCUUGAAAAUAUCAAAUAUCUUACCAAUAAAUAACUACCUAACUGUGUACUGCAAUGUGCUACUGAGGGAAAAACAGGGUAGAUGAAACUGUACACUGAAUGUACAUUCAAAGCUACCAACACGAGAACUAAGGAAGAAAAUGCUUGAAUAUAUUCAGUCCUGUUAAGGCAACAAUGCAAUAAAGUGUUGUCAAUAUUCGAUCUAUUAAAAAUAUAUGACACGUAUUCAACAGUGUGAAACAAGGACAAAAUCAUAACUAAUAUACUCAGAUAUAUUUUACCUCUAAGUUAUUCAGUUCAGACUACCUUGUCACAAAGCGUCUAUCAAGUAUGUGAUAUUUUGUACAUAGUACUGAGGUGUAUCAAAUAAAGUAAACUGCUGCUGGAAAUGAUUUUG